AUGAAUUAUCAAAAGAAGAAAAUCAAUCGCAAAUAUCAAUUUGAUCCCCUAUCGCACUCCUCACUUUUUCACUUCGUUUCUGACAGCGUCCGCUCCCACGUACGCCUUGAAAGGGAGAAAAUGUAUAAAAAAUAUGAAUGGAAACGUUCUAAGAGGCGUGAGCUCUUUUCUUUGUUAUCGGAGGCUCAAAAGAAUUUCAUUCCUCCUCAAACCUCAAAUGAAAACGACGCAAGGGCUCUUUCGCUCAACAAGCAGAUAGCCAUUAAGACUGAAAUAAAGACCUCUUUGGAAUCACUUCAGUGUUUACUCGAUCUUGCUCUGUACAAGGUCACUAAAAAGGAGGAAACAUACGAUGAAAAUCUCAAGGAUAUUAACAAGGAGGAGCUAGAAGAUCGCAAACGAAUCGAGGAGCUUAGAGAUGAGCGAAGAAAGAAGUUCAUGGAGCGCGUCUACAAUGAAUCUAAAGAGGUUCUGGAUAGUCGGAGUAAGAGACGAAUAGAGAUGGAAGCCGCCCGUAAGGAAAUACGGGACAAGGAAUCCGAGGAGGAGGCUCGCUUGUUCUUCCCCUGUGAUCGUAAGCUCGCUGCUUGCGGCUUAAUUCCGCCAGUUUACAAGAAUACAGCUACUUAA